GGAAGAGAGGUGAAAGGAGUGGGGGUCUGGCAGCAUAUGAUUGCUCUCUCCUCACCCCGGAGACGUCCGGGUGCAAUCUGCUGACUUCUCUCACAAGCAGGAGUGAUGAGGAACCAGAUGAGGAAGCGUGGGAGUUGGCAGCUCCUGGGGCCAGUUUGAUGCGUCCCCUCCACUAACAUGCUGCCAUUUCCUUCAGCUGCCUGAUGAGGAGAUGAACAACAUAGACGCUAUCAGCUGCUGAAGCUGCUGGAGCGGCGUGGUGUUGGCGGCAGCUGUGUUGGUGUGUGCAUGCGUUGGGGUUUCUCUGAGCUGGGUAAACCAAUCCAGAUAGCACAUACGGGGGGUUUUCUCCUGCCCCGGCGAGACUCAGCCAGCAGGAUUUUCAUCUCCCUGCCUCCAGGAUGAAGCUGUGCGUGAGCAGAAGGGUCAACACAGACAUAGCAGUCAAUAAUUCUGCAGGACACACUUAGCUGAUCUUUGGAAAACUAACACACAUGACAACCUCCUGUGGUCAAGCCCUAUGAACACAUGAGAGGGAAGGAACAGAGACAAACCAUGAAAAAGAUAUACAUUGGCAAAACUGCCUUAAAAGUCCCCCGAAAUGGCGGCAAACACCCCAAAAAGAGCUCUUUGCUGGAGCAGAAGGAGGAUUUGCGGAAAAGGCUUUCCUACACAACUCACAAACUGGAGCUGCUGCAGAACGAGUUUGACUCCACGCGGCAGUACCUGGAGACGGAGCUGCGGCGAGCCCAGGAGGAGCUGGACAAGUUCACAGAUAAACUGCGCAGAAUACAAAGCAGCUACUCAGCCCUGCAGAGAAUCAACCAAGACCUGGAGGAAAAGAUCCACAGAGAUUCUCAGCACCAUGACGACGAGAAGCGAGCUCUGAGCAGAGAAAUCAUCGUUCUCAACAACCACCUGAUGGAGGCGAAGCUCACCAUCGAGAAGCUGCAGGAGGAUAACGACGUGUACAGGAAAGACUGCAGCCUGGCGGUUCAGCUGCUGCAGUGCAACAAGUCUCUUUACAGGGCCCAGCUCUCUGAGGGUUUGCUUCAGUUCCUGAAAGCUGAGGAGCUGGUGGAGAAUGUGCGCUCAGCUUCAGAGCAGGACGCGCUCUCGUUUCAGUCCCUAAAGACGCGGACGCUGGAGGAGAUGUUUCCCCUCAAAGUUUCCUUUCUUGUGGCUUGGAUCCUCUCCAUUUGUGAAGGUCGGCAUGACAACAUCUGCAACGUUGAGCCUAAGGACCUGCAGGUGGAGGAAGGCUCCAGUGUGAGGGUGACGUGCCAGUCAUCGUGCGUGCAAGGGAAAAUCUUCUGGACGAUAAACAACAACCGCAUUAAUGAAAGUAUUCCCGUUAACGCAACACAUACCGCCUUGUUCCUGAGGAACUUCACUCGUCCGAGUGCAACUCUGCAGUGUCACAGUUCCUACACCGACCAAGUCCUCGGAGGCACCACCAUCAGAACAUUUUCAAAGCCCAAAAACAUCUCUUGUGUCAUCCUCCAUAUAAGCAACGACGGUGCCCCAGACCUCCUCACAUGCACAUGGGAGCAUCAAAGGAAGCAUUCACUGCAAAUAAACUACACCUUGCUUCUGAUCUCUCCUGGAAGUCCUUCUCCCACUGAGCUCUGCGACUCGCAUAAUACAAGCUGCACAGCAGAAACAAUGUCAGAAUCUGUAGUUUUAUUGUUCGGGAACAACUACACUGUUAUUGUAAGAGCAAAAACUGCUGCCUGGGAGGUGGACUCUGAUCCGUUUGAGUUUACAUUUGAUCACAUCUGGAAGAUUAACCCGCCACAGGUAACGCUAACAGCUGACUCGGAUCAUCUGUUCAUCAAGUUAGACUCAAACCCAAACCCAGACAAGUGUCAAGUGAAAUACCACAAGGAAUCAUCGUCCAAUAAUAAAACCUCAAAUCUCUUUUUCAUGACGGAUCUGAAAACCUUUAAAAUUGAAGACGUGGAGUCCUGCGUUACCUAUAAACUCUCAGCCCGAUGUGCCUUGAGUUAUGCCCCAUGGAGCGAUUGGAGCCUGGAGAAGAUGGUUCUGACCAAACUUAACAAGCAUCAGAUCAGUCUUCUCCUUUGGAGGAAAGUGGCCGAAGAGGGAAGGAAUGGAAAAAGAAACGUCCAUCUCAUGUGGAAGAGGAUUCCUUCAGCAUGUGAAGAGUCCAUCUCUUACAGCGUUGAACACAACAAUGCAGCUGAAGGAAGCUAUACGUCCUGUGGAAGCUCAGCUUGUGAUGUCCAAGUGGACCAACAUGCACACAGACUAUAUCUCAGAGUUUCCACGGGUGAAGGAACAAUCCUAAAAGAGUCUGUUUAUGUCCCAGCUAUUGAAGAGAGCCUGCCUCGAGUCGCUGACAUCCGAGCCUCUGCUCAUGAAGGCGUCAUCGGGGUUAGCUGGACGGCGCCUGCUCUGCCUGUCAGUGGUUACAUAAUUGACUGGACCCACAAUGGAAGUCAAUACAACUGGGAGAAGUCGACAUCCACUAAUGCAACUCUGCUGGGCCUGCGGGAGAGAACACUGUAUAAUAUCACAGUCACGCCCCUCCUGGAUGACAAGACGGGCCACAGCUCACAAACUCUUCACAUCUGUUCCAGUACAGGAGUUCCAGAGACGGUUGUCAUCAGAAAUGUUCAAGCUUACGACACAAGCGCCCUCGUCAGCUGGGACACAGAGUCAAAGAAGAACUGCAGUUCUGUCAUCUCCUUCACCGUCUUCCACAAGCUUCCAGACGGACCGGUGCUCAAUGCUUCAGUGGAUGGAAACAAACGGGAUGUUCUUUUGAAAGAUCUGACGCCGAAUGCCCAAUACUGGACCUACGUUGAGGCCCGAGGGCACGACGGGAAUGCUUCAAGCAUAAAAAGAAUCUUCACCACCAAAAUGUUUGAUCCCAGGCUCUUGUUGGUUCUCAGUGUCUCAGGAAGCAUCCUCUUGUUGCUUUUGCUGUUUUUUGGGUUAUGCUGCAUCAUUCAGUGGAAGAAAUUUAGUGAAAAGCCUAUUCCAAAUCCAGGCCUCAGUUCUGUGGCAAAGUGGCUGUCUCAAAGUCAUCACAAGAAAUCGUGGUUCUUCCAUCCAUUCAGUAAUCAAUCCGAAAACAUCUUUGACCCAGUCCGGACAGAGGAAACCCAGAGAGACCCCUCACUGGCUCAAAUCUGUGACAAAGUCAGCGACACAGUAGCGGAGUGCAGCGAUCCUUGCACUUCGUUCCCCUUGGACGCUCGGGAUGACUGGUCAUCUGCACAAACAGACUCACAGCUCCUGUCUUCUCCUGAAGGAUCUGUUUCAAUCCUCUCCUCAGGGAGCUCGAUGAACCCGUACAGAAGUCAGAGUUCAGCAGAAACUUUUCUAUCUAGAACUGAAGAUCUGUAUCAUUGUGAUUCAGGCAAACAGCACGAUAAGCUGACACCAAAGAGUGUGUAUGUCAGUCUGAACAUGUUUGAAGAGGGCAACGUUAGAUUAGAGUUGUAAAAUCAAAACACAGAAACAAACUCCGGGCAAGAUGAGUCAUCCGGCUCCAAAACAUCAGACGUUUCUAUGGCAGCAGGCAGACUGUCUGACUUUUAUAAUGAAGAUUCAAACAUCUAAAAGUCUUUAAUUAUACUUUCUUUACUGAUGUUUAGUCUUUUACAAGGUGCUGGAAUUUAACCAUGUGUGUUAAUAUAUCAUGUUCUUAUUUUUUCAUUCUUUAUACGGAUAUAAAUUAUUAAAUUAGUUUUUUUUACCAUAAUGUAGCACAUCUUGCAUGCAAAUGCUUCAAAAGUGGUUGGAAAUAGACUCAAAGAAACAUUAAAUAACAUAUUAUUGACUGAAAUUUUCACAAGGACUUUAAUAAUACCAUAAACAUUUCCGUUAAGUUUUACUGUAAUUGGUGUUCAAAUGCAUGUCGUGCAUGUAAUAUAAUGUAUUUAUGGAGAUAUCUUUGUUGUGAUUUGAAUUGGUCUGAUGACUAUUAAAGUGCAUUACAAAAACGUUUUA